AUUUUUCAGCAGGAGUUGGAAAUAUGCCAAGCUUGACCAUCCCAAUACAAUGGGUGCUGUAAUUCCAAUGUUACCCUUUCCGCUUCUGAGUUUCUCUUCUUUCUCAGCAUUUCACUCCUCCUUAACUAUGGAUUCCACUUUCUCUGCUUGGAAUCCAUAAACCCAUAAAAAAUAAUUUCAAACAAAUUAAUCAAAUAAACACUCUCAAGAACAAAAUAAAUUUGAACCCCUUUGAUUCUUAUUUUGCAUAAUUCUUUUUUUUUAAAUUUAUUUCUUGAGGGAUUUAAAAUUAUGUAUAGAUCUGGAACUGUGAUGGCUUGGAACGUAUUUAGAUUCUGUACGGCCCUAAGAGGGCUGGGCUCAAUCAUGAUCUUGUUGGUCCUAGGCGUUGUGGGCGUUACAUACUACGCCGUCGUUUUGACCAACUAUGGCCCGUCCCUCGUCAGUGGUGGUGGAAUUCUUGAUGCCUUUAUCGCUCUUGCCGUACUUGCCGUAUUUCAUUGUUUGUUGGUGAUGCUUUUGUGGAGUUACUUCUCUGUCAUUUUCACGGAUCCUGGUAGUGUACCUCAAAGUUGGAAUCCAGUCCUGGAUGAAGAAAGAGGUGACACUGAUCCAUUAACUGCAACAGAAUUUGGGGCUUCACCAGCUGAUCCAGCAAACCCAAGAAUACGGUUUUGUAAAAAGUGCAACCAGUUGAAACCGCCUCGAUGCCAUCACUGUUCUGUUUGUGGAAGGUGUGUGCUAAAGAUGGACCAUCAUUGUGUAUGGGUUGUCAAUUGUGUUGGAGCACUAAACUACAAGUAUUUCCUUCUUUUUCUGUUCUACACGUUCCUUGAAACCACUGUUGUGACGCUAGCAUUACUGCCGCAGUUUAUUGCAUUCUUCAGUGAUGGAGAGAUACCUGGGACUCCAAGCACUCUCGCUACCACUUUCCUUGCUUUUGUUUUCAACCUUGCUUUUGCUUUGAGUGUAUUGGGAUUUCUGAUCAUGCACAUAUCAUUGGUAGCUGGUAAUACCACAACCAUUGAGGCAUAUGAGAAGAAGACCACUCCAAAAUGGCGUUAUGAUCUUGGUCGGAAGAGGAACUUUGAACAGGUUUUUGGCCUAGACAAGCGGUAUUGGUUCAUCCCAGCAUACUCAGAAGAAGAUUUAAGAAGGAUACCCGCCCUUCAUGGUCUUGAAUACCCGUCAAAGCCCGAACUUGAAUCCCAAGAUUUCUAGGAAUCGCAAGUACAUUACCAUGUUGAGUUUGUUUUUCCUUUUUGUAACAAUUAUAGAGUAGUACCUAAUUCAUGCCCAUCGCGCCACUCAACUGAUGAAAUUUGGUGUAACUAUUUGACGUGGCCUGUGCAUCUACUGGCGCUGUGCAGAAACUACACAGAGAUAUAGUAGAGGCCUGAGCAGCCAAAGGAUGUAAUGAUAUGUCCAUUUCGUUUGAGUAUCCGUUAGGGAAAUGUAAGAUAGAAGCUUUUCUUAUAGACCGGUGUUGUUGUAAGAUCAACUGCUUGAUUAGAAAUGUGGAUUGAUCUUUGAUGACUCUUCCACAGUGAAGUGUUUAUGUAAUUCGAUUGUUCAUCUCUUAGA